AACGGGGCGCUGGAGACGUACACCUCACAAACAUGGCGACGCUCGAAAGCGAAUACGGAGAUUGGAAAUACGACCGUUUUUAACCGUGAAGAAAGCAGUCCCGUUGGCGUGUUACGAUGUGGCGGGGUUAACCAGGGCCACCGGACGCCUUUUGAACGAUGUUCGCAGAGCUUUAGGCACCAACUGUCCGGGCGCCCGAAGGGGAUCUGCAUCCCAAAAUGUGACUCCAAUCUUCCUUUAACGCUUUCUGGUAGUGUUUGCAUGAUGACAGAACCCCAUCAGGCCAGUCUGUCCUUUUGGGGAUGGGGGGGUCUUGGAGUAGUGCUGUUCCUCGUCACUUUCGGACCCUUCGCCAUAUUCUACCUGGCCUUUUACAUCCUCUGCUUCAUCGGCGGGGGCUUUGCUGUCACUCUGCUUUACGGGAAGAUCAACUCGGAGAAGUACUUGGAGAGGUGCGAGCACUCCUACCUGCCGCCCCCACCAAUUGGUAUUUUAAAGACGCUGGAUGAGAUGAAGCUGGAGAUGAAGCCCAUCAAGAUCGACAGGCGACUGACUGGCUCGAGUUUCAUCGAUGAACCUCUGCAACAGGUGAUCCAGUUUGCCUUGAGAGAUUAUAUCCAGUACUGGUACUACACUUUGAGCGAGGAUGAGUCUUUCUUAUUGGAGAUCAGACAGACGCUGCAGAACGCCCUCGUCCAGUUCUCCACGCGGUCCAAAGAAGUGGACUGGCAGCCUUACUUCACCACUCGCCUGGUGGACGACUUUGCCACCCAUUUGCGUGUCUUUCGUAAAGCUCAGGAUCGUCUCCCAGACAAAGAGGAUAAACAAAGGGACAACAUAACAGAGGAGCUGAUCGACUCGUUUUUCGAGGCCGAAGUGGAGAUGGAGAGGAAGAUUUGUCGAGACGUAGUCUGCACUUCCCUGAAGGAUGAAGAAGGUUUCCUUCGAGACUUGUGCGAGUUGCUUCUGUAUCUCUUACUACCUCCCGGAGACUUCCACAACAAGAACAUGAGAUAUUUUUUAAGAGAGGUGUUGGCGCGUGGCGUCCUGCUGCCUCUCAUCAACCAGCUGAGUGACCCGGACUACAUCAACCAGUUUGUCAUCUGGAUGAUCCGAGACUCCAGCUGUAACUAUGAAGCCUUCAUGAACAUCCUGAAACUGACAGACAAGCCAGCGGAGCUGGAGGCCGUGAAGGAUAUGGUGAUGGAGGAGCUGCAGUACUUGCGUUCGCUGGACACAGCAGGAGAUGACAUCAACGUGAUCAAGAACCAAAUCAACAGUCUUCUGUUUGUAAAGAAGGUGUGUGAGACCAGGAUCCAGAGACUACAAUCUGGCAAGGAAGUGGACGCUUUGAAGCUCGCGGCCAACUUCGGCAAGCUGUGCGUCAUCCCGCUGGAUCACAUCCUCGUCCACAACAUCGCCCUGCAGUUCUUCAUGGAUUUCAUGCAGGCAGCCGGCGCCCAGGCCGAGCUCUUCUUCUGGCUCACGGUGGAAGGCUACAGGGUGACGGCGCAGCAGCAGCUGGAGGCGAUGCAACGCUGGCAUAAAGACGGCAAGAGGCAACCCAACGCCACCAAGGGGCUCCUCAAGGCGGCCGCGCUGGGGGUCUUUGAGCAGUACCUCUCUGACAAGGCCUCUCCGCGGGUUCAAGUCAACGAGGACUCGAUAACACGCUUAGGGGAAAAGCUGCAGAAAGACGAUCCCACGCCAGAAAUAUUUGACGAUAUCCAGAGAAAAGUGUACGACAUGAUACUGAAGGAUGAGCGCUACUACCCGGCCUUUAAGCAGAGCCCGCUCUACGUGCGCAUGCUGGCAGAGCUGGACAUGCUCAAAGAGCCCAGCUACCGCGGCUCCGACGACGGCGACGGAGAAUCUUUCAAUGGCUCUCCCACCGGGAGCAUUAACCUGUCUUUGGAUGACUUGAGCAACUCCUGCCAUGAUGAAUCUAUGCAGCUCCACGCUUUCAUCUCUGACACCGCUGACGCUUGUAUUCCCGGCUUGUGGGCUGCCGCAGGUGUGUGCAAUGAGCAUGGGAAGACGUACGCGCUUUACGCCAUCACUGUAUUCAGACGCAACCCGGACGGCAGCGAGGAUUGCUGGAAGACGUACCGGCGCUACUCCGAUUUCCACGACUUCCAUAUGAGGAUCACCGAACAGUUUGAGAACUUGACGUCCAUCCUCAAGCUCCCGGGGAAGAAAACCUUCAACAACAUGGACAGAGACUUCCUGGAGAAGAGAAAAAAAGACCUCAAUGCUUACCUACAGUUGCUGCUGAACCCCGAGAUGGUGAAGGCGUGCCCGACUCUUGUCCCGUACGUCUAUGACUUCCUGGAGAACAAAGCCUACAACAAAGGCAAAGGAGACUUUGCACGCAAGAUAGACACGUUUGUCAAUCCCCUGCGGAGCUCCAUGAGGAACGUGUCCAACGCGGUCAAGUCCCUCCCCGACAGUCUGGCCGAGGGCAUGAACAAAGUGUCGGACAACAUGGGCCGCAUGUCCGAAAGACUGGGCCAGGACAUCAAGCAGUCCAUAUUCAAGGUGCCUCCUCUUCUUCCCAAGCCGGACAUCGACCCCGAACACUGUCGAGUCUCGGCACAGUUGGAUGACAAUGUAGACGACAACAUCCCGCUGCGUGUCAUGCUCCUGCUGAUGGACGAGGUGUUCGACCUGAAGGAGAAGAACCAGUGGCUGCGCAGGAACAUCAAGAACCUGCUGCAGCAGCUCAUACGGGCCACUUACGGCGACACCAUCAACAGAAAAAUUGUGGACCACGUGGACUACUUAACUUCUCCAGAGCAGGUGGCAGACUACGUCAAGAAGUUCAGAGACUCCUACUGGCCUAAUGGGAUUCUGGCGGAGACCCCGCCUCGGCGGGACAAGAGUAUCCGGAUGAGGACACGAGUUGCUGCCAAGACCAGUCUGCUGGGCAUCAUGCCGGACGAGCUGAAGCACAUCAUCGGCGCGGAAACCACGCGCAAGGGCAUCCUGCGCGUCUUCGACAUGUUCCAGUACCAGCCCACAAACCGGCGGCUGGUCUACGUCUUCCUGGAGGGCUUCUUGGAGACCAUGUUCCCUCAGUACAAGUUCCCCGAGCUCUUUGUCAAGCUGCACUCCCGCUCGCCGCGCAUCCACAGAUACAGCCACAAACUCAAAGGAUCCUCCCUCAAGAGGUGACAGGAGUGGACCGAGCCAGAUGGACACAGAGAGAAGUAGACACACACACACACACAUGGACACACAUGUUACACGCACAGACUUGAGAGCUAAAUGUGACAUUGGGUAAGGGGCUUAAUGUGAACUUUAAGGGGUGAAGCCCUCAUGUCUUCUCAUUGAAAACACUCCAAAUAAUAAUAGGGAUAUUACACAUCACUUGCAUCCCACAUGACAGCGUUUUAGUCCCCCUUCGGUUUUGGACGUUUUUAGUUUUGCUGAACUGGGUCAGUCUG